GUUUGUUUUAGAGGUUAUGGGAGUGUGGUGGUGAAAGUUCUCAGUUUUCCUGUAAUACAACUCAAAUGGUUUUGCUCACAAACUGAAAUGAAAAUUCAGUUCUGAACUUUUAAAAUGUUUGACUUAGUUAAGAAACAACUCUACAUGUAUAAUUUUUAUUUGCAGGGUCCUGUUUACCAAUUGAUGUGCCACAUGAAAGAGCUGAUCAUAAGGAUGUUUUACUGCAAGAUGUUCUUUUGCAAAAUGAUGCUCAAACAGAGGUUAUGGCAUUUCUCCAGUCAAAGGAUACCAGGAUGAUCCAGCAAGUGAAGGAAGACCUCCAACAGGAACUGGUCCACGAGAAGAUCUGCAAGCAGGAGAGGAAAUCCAGCCUGGACCAGGAGGAACCAGAACCACCACAGUUUGAGGACCAGGAAGAACCAGAACCUCCACAGUUUGAGGACCAAGAGGAACCAGAACCUCCACAGUUUGAGGACCAGGAGGAACCAGAACCUCCACAGUUUGAGGACCAAGAGGAACCAGAACCUCCACAGUUUGAGGACCAGGAGGAACCACAACCUCCACAGUUUGAGGACCAGGAGGAACCASAACCUCCACAGAUCAAAGUAGAGGAUGAGGAGUUCAGCAUCAAUCAGGAAGAAGAUCAGCUCCAYCUGAAGCAGGAGACUGAUCCGGUCCUGGUGACUGUUUUACAUGAAGAAAGUCAACCAGAACCAGACAAGGAGCAGCUCAUCUCUCAGAGUUGUGCCGGACCUGAGGACCAGGAUCAGGAUCCAGGGUCAGAUGAGAAGAUGGUUCACACAGAGGGUCAUCAUGGUAACCAUGCAGGCCUAUCAGCAACAUCUGAGAGGUUGUUUUCUUGUCUAAUCUGUGGAGAAACAUUUUUCAACAAAUUAUUACAUUACCAUCAUGUGAAGGUCCACAGAGUCUGGAACCAGAACUCUGAGAAACUGAUGUACUGUUGUCCCACCUGUGGGAAAAAGACCUUGAGAUAUAGUGACUUAGUCAGACACAUGAGGGUCCACACAGGUGAAAAACCAUUUUCUUGUCAAAUUUGCGGAAAAUCUUUUAACCGAAAUUCACAUCUUAAACGUCACAUUCAGAUCCACAGAGGAGAGAGGACCUUGUCUUGUAAAACUUGUGGGAAAUGUUUUUACACUUAGGCCAAUCUUCAAAGUCA